AUGAUGGAACUCAAGAAGGGCCUGGAUUGUGGGGGGCACAUGGUUCUUGAAAUGCCAUCGGGAACCGGGAAAACGACGACGUUGCUCUCCUUACUUAUAGCAUACCUUCAUUAUCAUGCUGAUGAGAAGCGUAAGGUUGUUUACUGCACUCGAACUGUUGAGGAAAUGACCAAGACUCUCGGUGAACUUCGAAAACUGUUAAAACUCUGGGAUUCCGAAGCGACAUCUAGCAGACCUUUGCGUGGGCUUUGCUUAACUGCAAAGAAAAAUCUCUGCAUUGAACCAAGUGUUGCAUCUCAGCAUCACCCAGAAGAUGUGGAUGCGGGAUGUCGGAGCCUCACAGCACCGUGGCAAACCGGCAGACGCUGUGCCUACUUUGACUCUCUCGACCGCGUACCUUUUGAUCUCCCCCCUGGAGCAUACGAUGUGGACGACCUGAAACGAUUUGGUGAAGCGCAUCAGUUGUGCCCUUAUUAUCUAGCCCGUAAAGCUUUAAGCGUUGCUGACAUUGUAGUUCACUCAUUCCUUUACAUUGUCGACCCUGUUGUGGCUGAAGUGACAAAGGAAUACCUAAAUGAGAACACAAUCGUUGUAAUGGAUGAGGGACACAACGUUGACGAUGUGUGCAUUGAAGCUAUGUCACUCAUCAUCACAAAAGAAGAUGCUAUUCAAGCCAAAGAAAAUGUGAAACAGCUGAAUAGAGCUGUCGAUCAAAUGAAAGCGACCAAUCGGCAACAACUGCAGGAUGAGUACGAUCGACUUGUUAACGGUUUAGCAAUGGCUGAGUUGGCACGAUGUGUGGAUGCUACCACGACAUCUGUUCACGCACCUCGUAUCCCUUUGGACAUUGCCGAGGAAUCUGUUCCAGGGAGUCUGCGGCAAGCAAACCACUUCUUGUCUUUUAUUCAACGGCUCGUUGAUUUUACUCACCGUGUAGUGUGUAGAGUUUCACGUACCUAUGUUGCGGAUCCUCUGGUAUUCUUGGCAAAAGUAAAAAAUGAAUGUGCUGUGGAUAUUCGUCAUCUAAGGUAUCUCACAGAGCGCCUGAAAGUUCUCAUGAAUACACUCCAGAUCACGAAUUCACAUAAGUUUCGUAACGUGGCCCUUAUAGCACAAAUGUACAUGACUCUUUCUACCUAUUACACUGAUGAUCGAUACGAAAAACCGGGAUUUGUUGUUGUGUGUGAAGCUCAGGAUCCGACAAGGCCUAAUAUCCCGGAUCCGGUUAUUCGUCUGGUUUGUGUUGAUGCUUCAUUGGCAUUGCGCGAGGCGUUUUCAAAGUACAAAAGUGUGGUUUUGACGUCUGGUACACUUUCGCCGUUAGAUAUUUAUCCAAAGAUUCUUGGAUUUGCACCAGUGAUUGCGAAAUCGUUCCAAAUGACUCUCAGUAGAAAAUGUAUUGCUCCGGUAAUUGUAACGAGAAGCAGUGAAAGCGUUAACAUUACAGCUGAAGAAAUCACAAGUAGCUUUAAUGUGCGUAUGAAUCCUGUCGCACAGGCGACAGUGUCUGCUUCCUAUGAAGAUCUUCUACGUGGUCUUGCUAAGAGUGUACCUGACGGUAUUGUCUGUUUCUUUACUGGGUAUCAGUACAUGGGGGAAGUGUUGCUUGGGUGGCAUAGGUCUGGUUUUUUAAAGGAGUUGGCUCAAUAUAAACUCAUCUUUGUGGAAACUCAAGCUGUGGAAGAGACAUCUGUUGCCUUAGCAAAUUACAAACGGGCAUGUGAUAUCGGGCGUGGUGCCAUAUUUAUGGCCAUUGCUCGUGGAAAGAUUGCGGAGGGUAUCGAUUUUGACCGUCAUUACGGAAGGGCUGUUGUAAUGUUUGGCGUACCUUUUUUGCCACCAAACGAUGAGCCUUUGAGACAAAGAAUACAUUGGAUGGAAACGUGUUUGGGCAUUCCUGGUAAUGAAUAUCGUAACUUCGACGCCAUGAGGCAGGCGUCACAGUGUAUCGGUCGUGUACUGAGAAACAAAACAGACUAUGGAAUGAUGUUACUUGUCGACAGACGAUUUGCGUUGAGCGACAAGCGAAAAAAGUUGCCGAUAUGGAUUCAGCAGUGUCUUAAGGAAAACGCUAACCUUAGUGUGGACGCAGCAAUUGCAGUUGGACGUGGUUUCUUUAAGGAUAUGGCGCAGCCGUGGGAACACAAGCGAGACCUCGGCACAACUCUUUUUUCAAAAGAGACUCUUGCACGCAAGGGAUUUUUACAGCCAUCAAAGAGCUCGGUGGCUCCAAGACACACCAAGGCAUCUGAUGAUGAUGAUGUUGAUAUGGUUCAAACGGAGAGUAAAGUCAUGCAUGCAGUAAGAGAGCCUGAACAGAGAAAAAGACCGCGGUGCUAA